AACAUUUCGGGUUAUCUAACAGAAUAUCCACAAGAUAUACGACACAGAAUCAAUAAAUUCAGGUAGAAUUGGAAUGGAAACGUUAGUAUGGACUAAAAUUUUCAACUGUGACAAUAAAUUACGAAUUUAAAAAAAAAAGAAAAACAGUUUCACAAAAUGGCACCACCACCCCUCGACAGUGAUUUCAAUGCUGAAACGAAAAUCUGGAGCGGACCGGCUGAAGAUCACGACAAAAGUUUACAGCUUGGCUCUUAUCUGCUGAAAGUUUUGAAGAAUGCCGAAAAUCAAGACAAAAUUGUGCAGAUAUUCCACGAUACUGGUGAAGAAAUGAGUGUCAGAGAAAUGUAUCUGAAAAGUGUUCGAUUGGGUGUACGCUUACAGAAGGCCGGCGUAAAGCCUGGUGACGUCGUUUCGAUAAUAUCGCAAAACUGUUCCGUGUUGACACCGUUAUCGGUUGGAUUAUUGGCUAUUGGUGCCAUCGUUAGUUAUUUGGACGAGAAUGUAGUGACUUAUUACAAGGACGAAAGGAACGAUCUAAGACGUGUGAAUCCUCACUUCAUAAUUUGCAACGUAUCAACUGUCGAACAAAUAAUGGACUACACCGAUGGCCAAACAAUUAUAACAUUCGAAAAUAAUGGUGGCAGAUACCAGACCAUAGAAGAUUUCCUAAUUGAUUAUGAGAAGGAAGAGGAACUUGUACCGGUUGUGAUUAAAGAGCCAGGAAAAGUUACAGCAGUAAUGCUACCAAGUUCUGGAACGACUGGAAAGCCAAAGUUUAUAUGCUUAUCUCAUGCGAUGCUCCUGAGUCAACUAUUCCGAACACCUAAACCAGCCACCCCAUACGAAUAUGUAACACUAAAUAUUUGUCCAAUGUACUGGAUCAGUGGUGUAGCCGUAGCAUUCGGAGAUUUGUCCGGGCUGAAGACUCGCAUUAUAACCACUCAAAAAUCCACACCCGAACUGAUAAUCGAACUCACUCAAAAAUACAACGUUACCGAUGUGUUCUGCAAUGCAACUCAAUUAACCGGAGCAGUGGUGAUAUUAAGACAAUUGAAAAUCGAGCUGCCAUCGCUGAAAGUAUUUGCUGCUGGCGGUGCGGCCGUUCCGUACAAUUCUGUUCUGGAGAUGCGCAAUUACGUACCCAAUGGAAUUGUUAUAUCGGGCUAUGGAUUGACGGAAGUUGCUGGAAUCGUUUCAAUUGAAGUCUUCGGACCAGAAGGAUCUGUAGGGUUGUUAGCGAAGGGAAUUCAUGUAAAGAUCAAGGGAGAAAACGGUCAGCUCUUAGGACCUAACGAAAGUGGUGAACUUUGGACGAAAACCGAGUACGAAUUUUUGGACUAUCUAAAUAACGAACCAUCCAGAGACAAAGUCAUUGACAGUGAGGGCUUUCUGAACUCAAACGACAUUGCAUACUUUGAUGAGGAUGGCUUCCUGUACAUAACGGGCAGGAGAGAAGACAUUCUGGAAUAUUUACACAGUCCCGUUAGUUCCACAAAAAUCGAAUCAAUUUUAGCAUCUCAUCCGGAAUUAGUAGAAGUUUGUGUUGUUGGCGUACGGGUACCAAUCUACUAUGAUAUUCCAACCGCUGUCGUUGUUAAGGUAGCAGAUAGUAAAUUAACCGCUGAAGAUAUUCAUUUGUGGAUAAAAGAUAAACUACCGAGUGAUUUGUACAAGUUACGAGGAGGAAUCUAUUUCGUCGAUGAAUUACCCAGAACGUGUUCGGGCAAAAUAAAGAAACAUUUAGUUAAAAUGCAAGCAUUCGACUGGUACCAUGAAAGUGGAUCGAAAAUUGAAGAUUUUAAGUAUUAGCGCUUACAUAAUAGUCUUAGGCAGUGUUAUUUAUGGUAAGCAAUUCAAUUGUGUAAUCAAUAUUUUAAGGGAAAUUAUGUUUAAUCUGUACGAAAGUCUAGCCUGGUGUUUAAUAAAAGAUGAAAAGUU